AUGGCUCCAGCUGCACUUAUCCGCCCCACGGCGCCGGUCGUGAUCGGCCCUGCCACGAAGAAAGCGACUCGUCCCAGCAAAGCGUUACCCCAGAGUCUCAUCGAUGGAGCCAGACUCAACACCAAAGAGCCCUUCACACCAGAAAAGCACCUGGCCUUCCAGUCCCCCGCAAAGAUCUACACUAUGAAAGACAUCGGUCUCGAAGGCCACGGCAUCUCGCCCAUCGCAGUCACCGAGCCAUUUCCCUUGUUCACGGAGGAAGCAAUCAAACAAAUGCGCGCGGAGAUCUUCAGCGAGCCUGUGCUAGAGAAAUGUCAAUACUCGUCCACGUUCAACAAAAACAUGGUCCGCGGGAUGGGGCCUGCUCGCGCCCCCUUCACGUACGUCGCAUGGCGCUCGCCUGAACUCAUCGCCAAAAUCUCCCAAGUGGCGGGUAUCGACCUCGUGCCGUCGAUGGACUUUGAAAUCGCCAACAUCAACAUCUCCAUCAACGACGAGCACGACCGCCUCACGCCGGACAACGUGCCCGGCACCGAUCAGCUGUCGGCGGUGGCGUGGCACUACGACAGCUUCCCGUUUGUCUGUGUGACGAUGCUGUCCGAUUGCACCGGGAUGGUGGGCGGGGAGACGGCGCUGCGAACGGCGACGGGCGAGAUCAUGAAAGUGCGGGGCCCGGCCAUGGGCACCGCGGUGGUCAUGCAGGGCCGGUACAUCGAGCACCAGGCGCUCAAGGCGCUGGGCGGCCGCGAGAGGAUCAGUAUGGUGACGUGCUUCCGGCCGCGAUCGCCCUUCGUGCGCGAUGAGACGGUGCUCACCGGGGUGCGCGGCAUCAGUGACUCGUCCGAAAUGUAUACGCAGUACAUGAGCUAUCGUAUGGAGAUGCUGGAAGAGCGGGUCCGGGCGCGGUUGCAGACGGAGAGGCGGCGGGAGCUGGGGAAGCGUCCGUUUGAUGUGCAGGAGGCCAGGGGGUUCUUGGUGGAGCAGAUGCAGUUUUUGGAGGCGAUGCUGGGGGAGAUUGUGGAGGUG